CUUGUUUUCAGAGGGUGCAGACUCCAGGCGACGACUGUAUCCUCUUUUUAACAGUAGAUGUUGCACUGAGAUGGAAGAAAACAUUCCUGAUGUGCCCCAGGAACUCCAGAAAUCAUCUCUACUGGAGUCAUUAUCACUUGCUGAUCACUCUCCUCUUUCCGCAUCAAACACAUUGGAGCCUGCUUCAGUUACAGUGGAAGUUGGAGACUCUGAUUAUGUUAUUGCCUCUGAAACUGGAACUUUGACCAAUGAAGAGGACAAUGUACAGUCUGAAAUACCACUGGAAUCCCAGGGAACAUCUCCAACAGAUUCAGCUACAUCAUGCAGUCACUGUUUCUCUAAUCAAGAUCCAAUCUCCCUGGAGCCAACAAACAAAAUAAUUGAAAUUCCAGAUGUGGGUGCAAAUGACGCUCCAUCUGAACCACAGGCAGUCGUUGUCAAGGUGCCAACUUUGGGAGAAAUAUCUUCUCCCGACCUUCCACAGAACUUGAAGGAAGCACAAACUCAUCUGCUGGAAUCUACAGAAAAGUGUAGCGAGAAACACAGGAAGCAGAAUGGAAAGGAUGAACCCUCUGUUGUGUUGGAGAAACCAUCUUGUUUGCCUGAGAAAACCUCCUCUGUGGAUUCCACAAAAGAUGAGGCUGUAAGUCACCAAAAUGAGACUGACAUCCUUCAAGGAGCCAUGGAAGAUGUGAAGAAUGUUCAGGCUCAUCCAAUGAAGCAGAAAACAUGUGAAGAAUCCAGUGCUGAUCCCACAAGCCAGGGUGGGGAGAAGAGAGUUGAUGGAUUGGAUGGUAAAACAGAAGCUGCACCUGCCGAUAACGAGUACUCGUCUUCCCAAAGGGAGACAGCCAACAAUACUAACUUUGUGGAAGGCAAGCGAUCAAAGAGGAAACGCAAGAAAAAGAAUGGAAAGAAAAAUGGAAAUGAUGGACCUUGUGUUGUGUUGGCGAAAUCACCUUGUUUGCCUGAGAAAGCAUCCUCUGUGGAUUCCACCAAAGAUGAGGCUAUAAAUCACCAAAAUGAGGUCAAUAAUCCUGGACAAACCACAGAAGAUGUGAUGAAUGUUCAAGCUCAUCCAGUGGAGCAGAAUGUACCUAACAUCCAGAAAACAUGCAGAGGAUCCAAUGCUAAUCCCUCAAGCCAGGAUGGGGAAAAGGGUGUUGAAGGAUUGGAUGGCAAAACAGAAGCUGCACCUGCCAAUAAUAAGUACUCGUCUUCCCAAAAGGAGACAGCCAACAAUACUAACUUUGUGGAGGGAAAGCGAUCAAAGAGGAAACGCAAGAAGAAGAAAUGCAACACGAAUGAAAAUAAUGAACCUUCUGUUGUGUUGGCGAAAUCACCUUGUUUGCCUGAGAAAACAUCCUCUGUGGAUUUCACCAAUGAUGAGGCUGUAAUUCACCAAAAUGAGGUCGAUAAUCCUGGACAAACCACAGAAGAUGUAAUGAAUGUUCAAGCUCAUCCAGUGGAGCAGAACGUAUCUGACAUUCAGAAAAUGUGCAGAAGAUCCAGUGCUGAAUCUACAAGCCAGAGUGGUGAGAAGGGAGUUAAUAGAUUGGAUGGCAAAGCACAAGCUGCACUUGCUGAUAACAGCAAGUAUUCAUCUUCACAAAGGGAGACAGCCAAUGGCACUAAUUUUGUGGGAGGUAAAAGAAAGAAGAAUAAACGCAGAAAAAGAAACAGAAAGGAGAAAAAAAACUCAGUUCCUCAGCCUAAAGAUACGGUUCAGAAGAUGGAAUUACUGGCUGAAGAUUCAACGGAGCCCCAUGCUUCCAAUCAACUUGACCAUUCUGCUGAAGAUAGUAACAAAACAGCAGAAAAUGCUGCUGAACCAGACCUCACCACAGAAGAAAAACAGGCAGCACCUGAUAAAAACCAGAAUCGAGCAGGUCUGCAAGAUGAUUCCAAAGCAUUGACUUCUUCCUUGGAUAGUUCCACAGAAGAUAACACAGACCUCAAGAGUUCGUCAGAGAAAAAAAGAAAGAAGAGUCAAAAUGAACAAACAGUUUCUCCAAAAAAAUGUAAAAUGCUACCCAUUGCCGAUGUGGAGGGUGUGUCAAAGCCUGUUGACCCAGACAGGAUGCUAGAGCUGAAUGUGGCAUCAACGUCUCAGCACAGUAAUGUGGAUUCUGACAAUGCAAGGGAAGAGAGAAAAAUAAAACAUCAGCCAAAAAUGGACCUAAAGGCCAGAGCUACUGGUGUUUCAAAGAGCAGUAAGGGCAAGAGUGAAGACUCAACCAAACAGACACCUACUAAAGAUCAGUCUGCCAGUUGCAGAACAGCCAGAAGUUAUACAGCAAGAGAAAAUCACAAAGCCAUCCAAAGAAAGGGUGAAAGAAAAUCAAAUGACAAAAAUACGAAUAUUCCAGAAUCAAACCCAGAAGAUCAAGACAUGCCACGAUCUGAUGAACAGAAACAAUCAACAGCUCGGCCUACUCCAGUUGCACCUUACACUUUCACCAUUUAUAGCUAUGUUAUAAUUCCAAACGAAGUUCAUUUUAACCCAAGAAAUGACAAAGUGUUUAUACAAUUUGAAGAUGGAUUUGAAAUGCUUAAAGUCAUUUCUAGCCGGGAUCUCAACAAAAAUGGUUAUCUUCUGCACAGCUACUUAUUUGUGAAACCUAUUUACAAGGGAAUACCUAUUAAGUAUUGGUAUUAUGUAGCUAAAGGGAAAAGAGGUUUUGAAGAAAUUGCUCAACGGAUUUUAUGGAUACCUUUUGAUCUACCUGAAAAUGAAUGGCACCAGUAUGAUGGCAUCCUGAACUUUCAUCAGACAUCAUUAUUUAGAACAAUUAGAAAUAUCUUGCCAUUUGGACCAUCUCCUGAAGAAAGGAUUUUGUCCUCCAUGCAGAAUGGACAGAAAAUAAUGCUGGAAGAAAUUUUUGAACUUCUGGGUUCCCUGGAUAGGGACAAGUUUGAGCAGUUUAAGAUACAAAUACGUCAUUUUAAACUCUGCAGCAAAACACUUGAAUUUGUGCCAAUGUUCCAGUUAAAUUUUAAUGAAGGACAGGUUGAUAAAUUGAUAAAUGAUCAAUUAAAGAAACUUCUGGGCCCUAACACACAGGAAGAUCCUAAAAAAGGAAAACAGUCUAAAGGAGUUGUGAAAAAUCCAUUUAUGGCUGGAUUGUUGGUCUUUGUCAUUCAGAACCUUUGCUCUUUGAUUUGCAGUAUAGAUGACUUAAUUACUAUCUGCCAAAUGUUACAACUGCCUCAGAAAAUUACUGAUCAAGUUCACCAAAACCUGAGAGAAAUUGCAGCCAUUUUCCCAGAACUUCAACAUAUGUGCAUAGGACUGAUUAAUAAGUGCAUUUGGAGAGAAGUUGUGGAGUUUGUGCUGGUUAUACCAUUUCUUCACUGGUGCGUGGCACACAAUCAAUCAGCACAUUUGGUGAGCAGUGAAGCCGGAUCCAGCAGACCAGAGCCACUACAUGGCGUUUCCUGUAAAAGCUUUCGAGACCAGAUAAAAAAAAAUCCGGACAAAAGAAGAAAACUGCUGAAACUCAUAUUUCAAAACAAAUGUCUGACAGAGACAGACUCUACACUGAUCCAGAGUUGGUUUUUACUAAUUGCAACUGGGGAUAUUCCAGAAUACUCAAAAGAAAUGGAAAUGACUCUGAAUUGUGUUGCAGAAGAACUAAUGAACAGAUUAAAAGAGUGUUUGAAACAGGGAAAUGCAGAUCGAGAGGACAUUGAGGCAUUUGGGAAAAGCAUGAGUUAUAUCAAAGAAAUGAUGAUCCAGAAAACACAAAGGAGGAGUGUCUCUGAUUUGAAGGAAAAUGACUUGAAUUGGAGUAGUAAGAUGCAUUCCAUAAUCUGCCAACUGACAAAGUGCACAACAUUGUAUGAAGUUCCAGCUGUUUCGUUUCAACUUGUAUUGAAAGUUGCUGAGAAAAUAAAAAUGCUGUUAGCAGAAGAAUCACAGAAUGAGUCACCUCCUGAAGAAAACAAACUGUAUGUUGAUUUAAUUGAGAGUGCUCAAAAUUGUCUCCGUUCUUGGCGAACACAAGCUGUGAACAAAACUUUGUUUUCUACAACAAAAUCCAUUGACAAGAAAGAACUGGAGAUGUGGAAAUGCCACUUCUCUAUGGAAUAUGGAGUUGAUGACUGGGCAAAGAUGUGGAGGGAUGUGACACGAACAGACCUUGUGAAAAGAAUACAGGAGGAGAACCCUUCUGACCAGAUAUUGAUGUACUGGAAUGAGAAGGAAACUUUGACCACCUUGAAUCCCAUUGUUCUGAACUGUUUUGAGACCUGUGCACUUAAUGCUGUGGAUGCAAUUUGCCAGAAUAAAAAGGAAGCUGAACUGCUUACAAAGUUAAAAGCAUGGGAAAACCAAAAGUCUCCUGAGAUUUUAUCAAAACUCAUUGAAGAAUCCUGGAAAAGAAACCUUGGCCACAAAACUGAUGAUAUUAACGUUGUGCUAAGUUCUGAUGGUGCCAUACACUAUUGUCUUCUGCAAGGUGACUGCAGUAAAGUCAAUGUCUCAGAAAAAGUAAGAAGUUUCAUAAAAGAUGCUGAGGAGAGAUUUCACAUGUUGGCUGAAUGCUUGUACAAUGGCUCGGUGAAGUUUGCUGAUCUGCAGGUGAUUUUACUUAGAAGAAAGGAAUUCAUUGAUUUAUUUCAAGCACAACAAAAAAAUCCAGUGCAUCAGAAUAAGUAUUUCUUUUGGGUUCCUGUUGAACGUUUGUUGUCAGCUCGAGAAGAAGAACUUCAAGCCUUUCAGAAAGAGAAAAAGGCCAUUGGGACUCUCAUAAAUAUGAUUAACAAAAUUUGUGGGAUAAUUACAGUCACUGAUCUAUCUUCCCUGGAAGAAAGUCACAAGACCAAUGUCCAAUGCAGGCCACUGAAUGAACUUGUCAGCGUCAAAAGGUGGACAGAUGAACAAUCUAAGAAUCGGCCUUCUCCUGAUGUUAAAUACUUUAACUUGAGCAGUGACAUUAAAGCAAUGGCAUUUAGAAUGCAGGAAACAGCAAAGAGCGCUGUUCUUUUAAACUGCUGGAUGGAAGCUGCAAGGGCAUCCAACUAUGAUGAAGAAACUUUGAAAGACCUCUGUUCCAGUAUCUGGGAUCUCUGCUGGACUGAUUACGUGAAUCUAUGUGAGAGUAUUGAAGAUGGUAGCAUAGCAUUCCAGAAAGUUGACUGGAUGUUUUAUGAUUUGAGGGAGAAUCAUAAUGAGAUAGCUGAAGAGUUAUCCAUCAUGUUCAAAGUAGUGAAAGGAGGAGACUUUCCUUGGGAGAGGUUUGGUCAGAUCAAACAGUAUUAUGAGCUUCACUUAGCUGCUGAUGCUGCACGUAUGAUUCAGAACUUGGUGAAGGAGUUGGAGCUGCUGGGUGACUUUAGAAAAAUUCAGAACUUGGCAAAAUUAGAUGAAACCUCAUUCAAACAACAACCAUUAAAUUAUGUUGACACGGACCUAAUUAAGACCAAAAACCUUCUAGUGAAAAUUACUGCAAAAUGCAUAGAGUGCUUAGACGAAUUUAUUCGUAGGCAGCCUUUUAUAAAGUGGGUAAAAGAAGCUUUGACAAAUUUAAGGGAAGUUAAAGUAUUUGUGGACUUGGCGUCCAUAUCAGCUGGGGAGAAUGACAUGGAAGUUGAUCGUGUAGCCUGCUUCCACGAUGCUGUCAUGGGCUAUUCAUCCUUCAUUUACGGACUGCAACAGCAAACAAACUUUGAAGAGUUGAUGACUUCUGUGGACAAAAUCCAGAAGGCUCUGAAGAGUGAUCCGCGGCUUCUAGAGAAACUGAGAGAUUCAGCUCGUUAUUUGGAAUGGUUAAAGACACUGAAGGAAUGUCAUGGAUCUGUUGAAACAUCCUCCCUGUCUCUUGCAGCAGCCAUCAAUAACAAAGGAGUUUAUACAGUGGGCAACAUUGAACCACAGCACAAGGGAAAGCUUUCACCAGGAGAUGUGCUUCGGCUGAGUCUUUACGACGAGAGCAUGAAAGAGUGGAAGCAGUAUGUGCUGGAAGAACUGGUGGAGUUGCAAAACAAAUUAAUGCUGAUGUCAGGAAAAGGGGCAAGUGGCAAAGAGGAAGUUGCCAGAUUCAUGGAGAAUUUUAACAACGUACAAAGGCUCGGAAAAGCAUUUAUGGAAUUGUACUCAUCUGGAAACAUGCUCUACAGAAACUGGAAGGCACACGUGUACUGCAGUAAAGAGAGUGAUGCUUGUCUGACAAUGAACUUUAAUGCCAAAAACAUUGAAUGCCUGAGAAUAAGUGGAGAUGUCUCUGAACAGCUCCAGAUAUUAUGCAGAACACUGGAGAUGUGUCUUCAGGAUUGGUCCGAGUUUAUGGAGAAGAGACGUGCAACAUUUUACCAUCUGAAUUACUACACAGCAGAACAGAUUGUGUAUCUGUGCUCCGAACUGGGAAGCUUUGCCACUGGGAAGUCAUUAUCUGAGCAGGUGAUUGCAAUGUUGUCCUUCGUUAAACCUCACUGCACUGCCAAGGAAAUCAGAAGUGCGAUGCCUCAAACAGAUCUAUCGAAUGAGAAUCCUGAAGUUGAGGAGGGAAUUGACGCCCUGCAGGAAAUCGAUGAGUGUGAGGAGUUUGAUGUGAACUUCAAAGGCUCCACUCUGGCUAAUGCAAGUCCACAAGGACAGAGUCCACUGAGAGCUUGCAUUCAGUCAUUUAUUCGGAGCGAUCAAGAGGAACUUGACAACAGUUCAGUGGUUUUCCGGCAUGACGAACCUGCUGAAUUGCAAUACUCAGAGACGGAUCAUUCAGAACCUAUCGAAGCUGCUGAGGUGGUAUGUGAGGAAAUGCAUGAUGCUGGUAUAUCAAAGACAUCUGACCAAAUAGAAAACGCGAACCUGCCUAUAGCAAUUACUCUCCUCUGGAACAAGUUUAUGGAAAACAUGACUGCUUUCUUAACUGACCAUUUAGAUGUAAUUGCUUUUGGAGAACUGCUUAGCCGGCUCUCCAGUAUGAAUGUGAAGGCUGUAAGAAGGCAGCUUCCCCCUUCACUGCAUCAUGGAAGACCGAAUCUCAUAGUCUGCCCUCAGCCUGAGAUCUUUACAGCUGCUUUAUGCAUCUACAUGCAAAAUCAAGAACAGCCACUGCCAACCUAUGAUGAAGUGCUUCUGUGCUCCGAGGAAACAACUUGUGAGGAAGUCGAACUGUUUUUGCGGAGGGCUUUGAGCAGAGGAUGUCUGGAACAGAAAGUCUACACGUUAAUGCAUGCUGAUUGUCUGAAUUAUGAAACAAGUGUCAGAUUUGGAGAACUGUUUGAGGAAUUGAUGCAUCACUGUAAUCCUGAAUAUCAGUUCGUUGUAAUCUGUGAUGCUAAACGCCAGCAUUGUUACAUCCCAUCCUAUCUUCGCCAUUACAAAGUUCCUAUCGGGCUGAAUAUUAAAACAGAGGCCAUUCAGCAGUACCUACGAAGCCAUUUCACUGUCCCUUCGAGGCAGGACUCUGCAGCUCACGUAUUCCACGAUGAUCUUUCUGUCAGAAUUAUUUCAUCAAAAAGACCUGGAGUGGGAAAAUCUCUUUAUGUUGAUCGAUUGCAUGAAAAGCUGUUGCUGGAUGCCACUUUGAAGAGAAUCCGGUUAAUUGAGCCUGUGAUUAAUGAGAACCAGAUAGUUCAGAAGCUGCAGGAUUCCACAUGCACUUGCAACCUUCAGCAGCCAAUGAUAUUCCACAUCGAUGCAGCACCUGUAAGGAAAGGACUGGAAGAAUUCCUUUUCAAGAUUCUGGUAUUGGGACUCCUGAAGAACAGUCAGGGAAGGAUAUGGAAGCGCAGCAUGGCUCAUCUGUACAUUGUGGAACAUCUGAAUGCCAAUGGAUUCCUCAACAAAACACAAACUCAGCAGGUAAACAUGGGACUCCUAAGCGUUCUACCAACCAUUCACUGCAGAUCACCAAAAGAAGUCCGUCAGCUUGAACUGAAAAGGCGCAGAGGGGAAUUACGUAAUGUUUUGGACCCAUUAAUGGAUCAACAGGAGUUUGUCAGUGAAGCCAUUCAGAGACCCUUUCAAUAUCUCUACCGGUUCAGUGUGAAUAUAAACAUUGAUAACUUCACCUACAGAAUGGGGAGUGUUGAAGGACAUCCAGCUGAAUGUCUAACCUUAUUUCUCCAAUACUGUGGGCUACAUGAUCCCUCCUGGGCAGAAUUGAGAAACUUUUCUUGGUUUCUGAACAUCCAGUUAAAAAACUGUGAGCAGUCUAUGUUUUGCAACCCCAGUUUUGUUGGAGACACUCUGGUGGGUUUUAAGCAAUUCAUUGUGGAGUUCAUGAUUCUCAUGGCACGGGAUUUUGCAACACCUUCUAUGAACAUUUCAGAUGAAAGCCUUGCACUUUCGACCUCCCAAACCGAUGAAGAUCUGUUACCAUAUACAAUCCGGAAAAGAUGGGAAAGCCACCCUCAUCCAUACAUAUUUUUCAAUGCAGAUCAUUUUUCCAUGACUUUCCACGGCUUCCACCUGAAAAAAAACAAAGUAAAUGGUUAUGAUGCUGUGGAUCCACAUACUGGCGAGGUCCUGAAAGGAAAUGUCAUGUCUUCACAGCUUGAAGGAGGGCUCAAAUUGCAGAGAAUAAGAUUUAACGAAGAUUUUGAUAAUCUUCCCAGAAAUGAGAAGAUCCGCAAACUCUGCCUGGUACUUGGUGUUUCGGAGCAAAUAGAUCCAGAUGAGACCUAUGAACUAACAGCAGACAACAUGAUGAAGAUGCUUGCCAUCCACAUGCGUUUUAGGUGUGAAAUUCCUGUCAUCAUCAUGGGAGAGACAGGCUGUGGGAAAACGAGACUGAUUAAGUUUCUUUGUGACCUACAGAAAGGCAAGUGUGAAACUGAAAACAUGAAACUAGUCAAGGUGCAUGGAGGAACAACAGCAGAGACAAUCUAUGUAAAAGUGGCAGAAGCAGAGGAGCUUGCCAUUAAGAACAAGCAGAAAUAUGGUUUGGAGACGGUGUUGUUCUUUGAUGAAGCCAAUACCACAGAAGCUAUUCACGCCAUCAAAGAAGUCCUCUGUGAUAAAACUGUUCAAGGGAAACCAAUGAAACGCGAUUCGGGUUUAAAAAUAAUUGCGGCCUGUAACCCCUACAGAAAACAUUCUGCGGACAUGAUCAAACGCCUGGAAAUGGCUGGGUUGGGAUAUCGAGUCAAAGCAGAGGAGACAGAAGACAGACUGGGAAAAGUGCCUUUGAGGCAACUGGUGUACAGAGUGCAGCCUCUUCCGCCAAGCAUGAUUCCAUUGGUUUGGGACUUUGGACAGCUGAGCCAAGAAGCUGAAUUGGCUUACACUAAUCAGAUUGUGAAAAGAUAUAUUCAAAUCCACAGUCUUCCGUUUCUUCACACUGAGGACAUAAUAAAGGUCCUUGCCAUCUCACAACGUUACAUGAGACGUAAGCAAGAUGAGUGCAGCUUUGUCAGUUUGCGUGACGUGGAGCGAUGCAUGAAGGUUUUGAUGUGGUUUUAUGAGCGCAGAGAACUUCUAUUUCCCUAUCCGAAUCCAAAUACCAACAUCUUGCAGGCCCUGAUAAUGGCUGUGAGUGUCUGUUACUAUCCUUCACUGGUGAACAAGGAAACAUAUUUAAAGGUCUUAGAAAAUUUUUUCCCAGAACCUUAUAAUACGUCGGAUGCAAUACAAACUGAAAUUGUCCGUUGUCAAAAUCUUUUCCUGGAAAAUAUAAAAACAAGAGAAAGAAUCGCUAAAAAUGAGGCCUUAAAAGAGAACGUUUUCUUAAUGGUCAUUUGCACUGAGCUGAGGAUCCCACUUUUCCUUGUUGGGAAGCCUGGCAGUUCAAAGUCCUUGGCAAAGACCGUUGUACUGGAUGCAAUGCAGGGACAGUCUGCUCACUCUGACCUGUUUAAAAAGCUGAAGCAAGUCCACAUGGUGUCAUUUCAGUGUAGCCCUCAUUCAACCCCUGAAGGGAUCAUCAACACUUUCAAACAAUGUGCACGCUUUCAGCAGGGCCGAAAUCUGAAAGAAUAUGUGUCUGUAGUGGUCUUAGAUGAAAUUGGCUUGGCCGAAGACUCUCCAAAGAUGCCAUUAAAGACUCUCCACCCACUGUUGGAAGACGGUUGCGUCGACGAUGACAAUCCACUCCCUCACAAAAAAGUAGGCUUCAUUGGAAUCUCCAACUGGGCCUUGGAUCCUGCCAAGAUGAACCGUGGGAUUUUUGUGUCCCGAUUGGAUCCAUGUCAGGAAGAGCUCAUUGAGACGGCCAAAGGAAUAUGUUCAUCGAACAGUGUUUUGCUUCACAAGGUGCAACAUCUCUUCCCUGGCUUUGCCAAAGCAUAUUUAAAAAUAUGUCAAAAUCAAUGCAGCCAGUUUUUUGGACUUCGUGACUACUAUAGCCUCGUAAAAAUGGUGUUCAUCACAGUUAAGGAAACAAAGUGUGAACCAACAGAGGAGCAACUGGCCGAUGCUAUUUUACGGAAUUUCAGUGGUAAAGAAGAGUUCAGUCCACUUGAGUAUUUUCUCCCUGAUUUAGACCCUGUUCCUCAGACAAGCCCACUGGAGAUGGUGAAAAAAAACAUCACAGCAGAUUCCAUAGAUGGAGAGUGUCGCUAUCUAUUGCUCCUUACCAAGAAUUACAUUGCCCUUCAGAUUGUUCUGAGGCAUGUUUUUCAAGACUUGGAUGACAAGCCUGAGAUUAUAUUUGGGUCCAGCUUCCCAAAAGAUCAAGAAUAUACCCAGAUUUGUCAAAAUGUAAAUCGUGUGAAGAUCUGCAUGGAGAUUGGAAGAACUAUUAUACUUCUAAAUUUGAAGAACUUGUAUGAAAGCCUAUAUGAUGCUUUAAACCAGUACUAUGUAAACCUUGGAGAAUACCAAUAUGUUGACCUGGGUUUAGGAACACAUCGUGUCAAGUGCAGAGUGGAUAGAAAGUUUCGACUGAUCGUUAUCGAAGACAAAGAUGUUGUCUACAAGCAGUUCCCCAUUCCUUUGAUCAAUAGACUUGAAAAACACAGCCUAGACAUGAGUACUGUACUUAACCUUCAGCAGAGAGGUAUUGCCAAACAGUUGGAGGUGUGGGUUGAGGAGUUCGUGUCAAUGAAUCAGGGUUGUGAUGGAAUGAGUGGCAAAUUAAACCCUUCAGAGGUGAUCAUUGGGUUCCAUGGUGAUGCGUGCGCAAGUGUCCUACUGCAAGUUCUCGACACUGCACACCUAUCAAAUGAAGGUACUUUUGAGGAUCAGCGAACCAUAUUAAAAUCAGCAAAAUAUCUUCUUCUCAACUGUGUGACCCCAGAUGCUGUGGUUCGACUGAAGCACUCAAAGCUUGGGGACCAUGAAGUCAAGGAACAGUGGAAAGAAUAUUUUGGUCAGCAACACCAUAGAUCAUUAAGUGAUUACAUUCACCAACAUCUCAGUGACAUGGAGGCACAACGGCAUAGUUUUGUUGAGGUAACAACAUUUUCAAGGCUGCUGACCAAAUCAGACAUCAACCUACUGGAUAAAGAGCUUGGCAACAUUGUGGGAGAAUUUGUUCUUCUGUUCCUGCACCAGUUUGACACAGAAUAUUCCUUCUGCAAAAAAAUAAGAGAAGCAUUUCAAGGUUUGAACACACAAGCUCGUGUACUACUGAUACAGAUGGAUACUGAAGAGUCCUCUCAGAGCGCUGAGCUGAUUGCUUCUGCCAAAUACUGCACAAUGAAUGAAAUGAAUCUGAUGAACGUCACAAUGUCCAAUUGUUAUGUAUAUUUUAUCACCAAGCUCUCUCGGCUUGCUGGUGGAUCAAAUUACAUUGGAUUUCAAGGAGGUCAGUGGCUGUCCGUCCACAUUGAUGAUGUCACUGAAUCAGAAGAGAUGGGCUCAGAUAUAUCGGCAUUCUACAACGUAACUAUCAGUGAAUUGUUUGCCAGGUCUCUGGGUAAACAAGAAAAUGACAAUCAGAACACUGUUCCAGAAGACACAGAAGAUGAACAACAAAUCAAAAUGAAUAUGGGAAGGUCAAACGUUCUCAAUACAACAUUGCUGUUGCAAAGCUGCAUUCAGAGUGCAGUAAGCACAUUACGUGAUGGGAAAAAGGAAUGCAGUCGAAACACUGAGCGUGUCCAGAUCCUUUUGGAUCUCUUGCGAGAAGAAAAUGAAUUUGAGGCAGGAUUUUUAAGAAUGGCUACAGAAAGACUCAUGUUGCAGCUGCAAGAACGGGAAGAGGUGUCACUUAAUCCAAAGGAAUGGAUGUGUAAUGAAGCCUUGAAGAUCAGGGCUCUGCAGGAAGGUGGUACUUUCAGACAUACGUUAUGGAAGUGCAUUCAGAACACAGUUUCUCCAAAUCUGGCGCAGUUGAUUUCCAUCCUGGACAGGGACUAUAACCUGAAUCUUUUGGUGGACCCUAAUGUGGACAAAGAGCUUAAAUGUCUCUGGCUGAAUAUCUUCAGCGAUACACAAAUACUAAGAGUUUCUCACCAACCGGGAAGUUCAGGACCAAAUACGGGGGAGAUAACAGUUGAUCACAAUGUGAGCAAAGGAAGUUUGGAUAUUCCCUGUGCUGCUCCUUUUAGCUGGCUGAUUAAGGAAUACAUUGACCAAUUCUGGACUGAAUUUCAUUACUUGGAAGGUGCAGCUGACAGAGACAAGGCAAAAAUGCUGAAAUUUGUUGAGAGUUUUAACAAAAGUAAACUUGGGGAGUACUUGGCAAGUCAAAGUGAAGAAGGAAAACGAGACCUUAGUCAGCGGUAUCUGAUUGAUUUUAUUCUGAUGACUAUUGAUCUCUCCUCAUUUGCUGAAGUUCAGAUUUUCAAGAUGGCAUUUAAUUCCUGCCUCAGUGAACUUCACAAUGAUUGUGAGCAGAGCCUUGCAGAGCAUUCACCUGCCUGGAUACAUAUUGCAUACAAUGUUUUCAAGAAACGACUGCAAAAUUUAUCCAAAACGUUUGCACUCUGUCCAAAAGUCCUGGAAUAUUUUAAUCAUUGCAAACCUGGAACAUUAGAUCCUCACCCUCGGGAAAUGACACUUGACCUACUCGCUGCCUACGUUUGUGCUGAAAUGGCUCAAGCUCUGAAUAUUGAGACAAUCAAAGACUGCAAAAAACUUGUAGAAAUAAUGGAAACUGUACAGUCAGCAGUUGAACUGGUUUUUGACAAAAACUACCUCAAACCGUGCAAACCAACAUGCCAACAAAUCAUUGCUCAGAUAAGAACAAACUGGGACCGUGCACUUGUGUUGUGCGUGUUUAUCGAACAUGUUGUGUUGACUGCGGGUGGCAUUGACCCCAGGUUACAGAACGUUGCUGUAAGACAUUGUCCACUACUUCAGAAGAUCCUCAGGACGUCCUCCGAUUUGAAAAAGUAUGAGACAGUUCAAGGAAUGAUUGAAGUACUGCAGUCAUGUAAUGAGAUGUCUAGUCAGUUGGACUGCAGGUAUGGCAUCAAAGAAUGUCCAGUCUGUCUUGGUGUGCUGGAGGAUCCAGCCUGCUUGCCCUGUGGCCACGUCUUUUGUAUUGAAUGUCUGGAGCGCUCGCUUAAAGUUCAAACAUUUUGCCCAAAGUGCAGGGCAGACGUGCCAGAUUCCGAGGAAAUCCAUGUCUCCAUGAAGCUGAAGUCAGCUUUAAAAAAGCAUAAUGACUUCCGUCAGAGGUGCAAUAUGUUUUUCAUGGAGGUUGUUUCCAGAUUUUGCUUCAGCGAAGACUCUCCACCAUGUGACAAAGUGAUUAUGUUGCUGCUUUCGUUACUAAUUGCAGUCAGGAAGUCACCUGGAGGUGACCGCUACCUGACUCGAACUUUAACCCCGUUCUCUGAAUGCGUGGACAUUAAUCCUGUGAUACGUUCUGUUUUACUGAAGCUGUUAAUGCAUUACAGUUUUGAUAAGGUGAAAGACUUUCUGCAGACGUACCUCUCAAAUCUGGAGGAGAAGAUAUUCUCAGAAGAUCAUCUGAAGGAACUCUAUCUUCUGUUCAUCAGAUGCUUUGAGGACUCAGUGUAUGCCCACUUUGAGCAUUCUGGAGGACUUGACAGCGGAGAACUCCUCAAACAGAACUGCAGCUUUGCCAGUAGGUUUGCUAGGCAACAAGCUGCCACUUGUGAAGAAAAUGCCAUUGAAUACUUGCAGAACAUUGCCAAGCUGCGUUUCUGCUUCAAUCUUACAGCUCAGCUGAUGUAUGAGUCAUGUAACAGAAAAGACAUAAAGCACAAGGCCACAAAGGAAAAUUUCUUCCAACAUAUGAAAAUGAUUUGCUUGCAUUCUGGCAAUGAUUGGUAUCGAGUUUAUUUGAUGAGGGAAGUCUAUGACCAGUAUGGAAUGGAUUUUGUUCAAUCCUUAUCACAACUCAAGGAGUACCACUGGUCAUUUCCAGACAAGAUUAUUGAAAAACAGCAUUCUCGUGGUGUACAGAUGGAUCGCUAUAUACUUUGUGGGCAGCCGUACAAAGUCAUCCGUGAUGCAACUACUGAGGCAGUCGCACGAUGCCAAAUGAGUGUUGUCACAGACAAGAUAAAGGGUCUGAAGUGCUCUUCAAGUAAUUAUCAGGUUUACCUGGCCUUGGCAUUAUUCCGUGAGGUAACGUGUUCAUAUGCAAUGGAAGAUCUCAGCAUGCGGUGUAGUCCAACGUCAAUUGACAUGUUACAGAAAUUUAUUAAAGAUAGUAACAUCUUUGUGGCUCCAAACCUGAAGGAUUUCUGCAUUGCUUUGGUGAAGAAUGACCUCGGAAGCCCAGGAUCUUCAUUGCAGAUCACACCAGUUCAGCCAAUCCAACAACGCAUCCUGAUUGAUAUAAUAGUUCACACAGCCUUGGUUUUGCUCUGUGGGAAUAGUGUUCUGUCAUCUCCACUCCGCAAUCUUGCCUUCUGUCCUUCAAAAAUGAGGAAUGCUUACUUACCGACCAUGCCUGAAGAUCUGAAGAAAGAAGCUAGGGGUUGGUUUCGUGAAAAACUGCAGUGGUACACUUGCCAAUGUGGUGAAGGUAUUCCAGUGGGUGAGUGUGGGAGACCUGUGCAGAUAGCUCGAUGUCCCAACUGUCAUGCAUUGGUUGGUGGAGAGUCUCACUUACCUACUGCUGGAUUUACAAGGUUAAUGGGUUACCAAGAUCAAAUUGAGACUGGUCAUGUCUUGGGAGCUGCCUCACGGAGAGAUCAAGUUGUUGCCCCUGAUCGACGGAUGACUCCUGUUGCUUUGCUUUUACUGCGAACACUAACACAUGUGUCAAUGAUGCUUGGAACAGUUCAACGUCAUCAGAUCAUUGCGGAAAUGAUUAGACCGUUGGUAUCAAAUGUGCCGGAGUUCUUGUGGGACCACCUUAAGAAAGAUUUGGAUCAACUUGGAAAGUCACUGGGAAAGAACAUUGAUGAUGUGGCCACCUGCGUUCACCUAGUUAUCGAUCAACUGCUGAAUCAGCCUCAAGGACGAGCAGCAAAGUGGAAUGAAUUCCUAUCAUCAAAGCAAGAAAGAAAUGCUUGGGAAAGUCAGUUCAUCGAAGCUGUUAUUUCUCCACUGUUAGAGAAUCUUGAUAAAAGGUUGCCAGAAGUAGCCAAGCAGAUGAGUUCUGAUGACAGAAUCGGUGGGAGUCCAAUUGUUAAAAUGCUGUAUGGAGAUCCAUCAGAUUUGCUGACCUUUCCUCGUAACACUCUGGAUUGUUCCUCUGCCUGGAAAUGUCAGCGUCGAACAUGUAUAGAGAACUUCACUCACGUUGUUGAGCAAAAGGAUGGAAAGGAACUGACACCUAUUCUGUGGCAAUUUCUUCAAAAGGAACGUUAUAUUAGGAUGCUUAAGUAUUUGCCUGAUCUUAUUGAACUUCAGUAUGAGUUAAUCAGGACAUUCCAAUGCAGCUCAAGUGUGAAAUCUAAGAAAAUUUCCCAAUUUCUUCAACAAAUUCCUUCAGGUCUACGAGGCCAAAAGCACAACUUUGAGAAAUGGAUCAAGAUUUUCUUACAGCUAUGGAAUGAGCUGCGACUGUUAUUGGCAAAAAUUAAUCCAGCGAUUCCACAAGAACUGCAGCAGGAUUUAACUUUUGAGAGUCCCAUCGAAGUUUUGUUGCCCCAGCAACAGGGUCUGGGACUUGGCGCCACUGCACUAACCAAGUUUCUCAUUGAGGUUCAAAAUGAUCUCAUUGGGGCCAUUAGUGGGCGUGAAAAAUUGUCUAUCAGCCCAGAGGUGAUAUUAGAUGCACAUUUAAUUCUCUGUGACCCUGACAAAGACCUCAUCCCACUGGUUCUGUCAAACUGCCAGUACACCUUGGAAAAAGGGCAGGAGACAUUACCCGAAUACGAUAUCAGUAACAUUGAGCGGCAGCUGAUACGACAGUUCCUGAAAGGGAAACCUACAAUUGUUCAGUCGAAAAUUCCCAAGUAUGUAGCAAGGCGUGAAAGAGAUUAUUCAACCAUCUUUCAGGAGCUGAAAACAAAAAUACCUCAGGAAAUAUUGUCACAUUCCGUCUGCACUACAGUGACAACAUCGCUGAAGUCCUACAGUGACAUUUGCGAUGCUCUGGAUAUUAUUGAGAUUGUAGUUGGAUUCCUCGCGACUGCAGGAGGAGCCCAAGAUUACCAGCUUCUUACUUAUCUCAAAGAAACCUUACGAAUGGAUCGACGAGUGUUAGCCUGUGUCAGCAAGGCUUUUGAAGGGUGCAAAUUGAAGCAUGCUAUCUCCCUUUGGCAACUUCUGUCAUCUUGGAAAUCUGAGGUCAUGCUAAGCACCAAAAAGGACCCUUUUGAGAGGAUCCCUGACACUUACAAGGAACGGUUGCUUCCUGUCGAGGAGGCAGUGCUGAAGACAUUUUUUGCAAGUACUGACAUCAAUGCAUUUCUCUGGGAGCUCCAUGAGAUCCUGAUGCUGAAGACUACCCACAGCAAUAUAGAGGAUAACUUUCAACCAACUUGGGGUCUUAAUCAAACUCUUUCAAGUUACCUGGACACCAAAGGUUUUGACAUCCUCCCAGGAUUGGAAGAAAAUCUUCCUGAUGAAAUAACUCUGGCUAAAGGAAUCCAGACCUGGAAACUUGCAGUGGAUUUCAAGAAAGCCAUUUGACAGGGUCACUCGUGCAUAUAUGCAGCACCGUUUCUGUAUUACUGUAUAAAGUGAUGAUAAAAUUGAGUAAAUGCUUUUUACUGGUGAGACUGUUUUAAUGGUGCCCUUAUUCAAUGCUGCAAUGUUUUGCACUAUGUUCACUGGUGGACAUUUGUAAGUGAAUUAUUUUAAAUAAAUAUGCUGUAAAAGUAGGACUUCUUUAACCUUGCAGAAAACUUUAUAAUUUCCUGUAUGAUCACAUCAAUAGGGAAUACAAUGGGAAAGCUUCUUAAAGUGGAAUAUUGUCACCUGCAAACAAAGUUUAUCAUUGUACAGUUUAAGAUGUACCAUUUUGUAAUUGAAACAAAGUGGUAGGCAGUUUAAAUAGAAUGAGAACCUGUGACAAACUCCACAGAUUACUGCAGUGAAUAUGUGCCACCAUUUGAUACUCGGGUACUAUAGUUUUACAGUGAAGUGUCAGAAGACAUGACUGCAUUUGUUUCUGAAUCAAUUUGAGAAUAAGUCCCCAAAAGAAAAUUACAGAUGUUGAAAAUCUGAAAUAAAAGAGAACAGCUGGCCCAGCUGUGCAGCUAGUAGAGGCACCUCCUCACAGCUCCAGCAACCCGGGUCCAGACCUGACCUUUGGUGCUGUCUCUUGGAGUUUACACCUUUUCCUCCAGGUGAUCCACUUUCCUCCCACAUCACAAGGACGUGCAGCUUGGUAGGUUAAUUGGCCACUGUAAAUAACCCCAAGUGCUUAAGUGAGUAGUAGAAUCUGGAGGGAGUUGUUGGGAACAUGGGGAGAAUAAGAUGGGAUUAGUGUAAAUGGGUGCUGGAUGGUAUCUGUGGAUUCUGUGGACCAAAGAGCUUUUUUCUAUGCUGUAUGACUCUGUGAAAAUGUUGGGAACUUGCUGAUGAAAAUAAAUUAACUCCUCUG